GCGGAACGCGGCGCCGGCGGCGGAUGGAGGGCGCAAGCGGGCGGCCGCGGCGGCUGCACCCGGCGGGGCGCUGAUGCGGCGCCUGGACCUUCGCUGCGCGACUUCGGGGGCGUCGGCCGAGAGGGCACUCCGCGAUGCAGCUCUUGAAGGCGCUCUGGGCACUCGCAGGGGCCGCGCUCUGCUGCUUCCUCGUCCUGGUGAUCCACGCGCAGUUCCUGAAAGAAGGUCAGCUGGCCGCCGGCACCUGUGAGAUUGUGACCCUGGACCGGGACAGCAGCCAGCCCCGGAGGACGAUCGCCCGGCAGACAGCCCGCUGUGCCUGCAGGAAAGGGCAGAUCGCCGGCACCACGAGAGCCCGGCCCGCCUGCGUGGAUGCGCGGAUCAUCCGGACCAGGCAGUGGUGCGACAUGCGGCCCUGCCUGGAGGGCGAGGGCUGCGACCUGCUCAUCAACCGGUCGGGCUGGACCUGCACGCAGCCCGGCGGGCGCAUAAAGACCACCACGGUCUCCUGACAAACACAGCCCCAGAGGGGCCCGCGAGGGGCCUCGGCCGCCCGGAGAGCCCGCCCCUGGGCCGCGGCCCUGCUGCUGCAGAGGCCCCCCGCGCUCCGCCGUCGACCGGCCCUCCGUUUCCCCGCAGCCCGGCACGGACAGCCCGCGUCCCGGGCCGCCUGAGCUGAGUCUGCCCGGCGGCACAGGGAGCCGGCCCGGGACGCGGGCGGCAGGGGCGCCGGGCCCCUGGGAGCCCAGCCUCGCCUGCCCGCCCUGGCCAGACCCUGGCUGCGCCCCGCAGAGGACGACGCGGACGAGCAGGAGGCGGCGGCCGGAGAGGCGAGGACGGCGCCGGGCCCGGGACUGCCUUGCGGGCGCAGAAGCGGCCUCUCCUUGGGCUCCAGACUGUCCGAAUCGCUUUUAUUUUCUUACCCUUUCAGUACAUACUCGAUAGGCCAAAGAGCAAAUCUAUUUUAACGUGGACUCGCCCCCACGUCCGAAGCCCCUGGGUCCGACCGGGGGCCCAGGGGCAGAGACACGCUGGUGGCCCGGCGCGGCGGAGAGGGCGGCCCCGCGGAGGCCCCGCCCCACGGACACUGCGGCGCCCCCUGAGGGGGCCCGAGCCGCCGGGGGACACCGCCGCCCUGCGGGACGCCGGGCCAUGGCCCCUCGCGGGGCCUGCGCGCCUCCCCAGGACACGGACGGCCGGGCGCGCCUGCGCCUCUGUACGUAGACGGACCUGCCCGUACUAAACCCGCUCUGUUUUAACCAGUUAGACACGCCUCUCCACGCUCCAUUUCCGAUAGUGGGAUAAUCCAGUAUUCGCCACGAGCAUGUUGGGUCGGCCUCCCGCGACCGCUGUCUCAUCCGAUACGCCAUUUAGCUCCAGAAAGCAAAUUAAAGGAAACUAAAGUAACACUUGUUUGAAAGAGAUCAUUAAAUGUAUUUUGCAAAGCCUAAA